CUCAAUGCUGUCGACAAAAUACCCCAAUGUACAGGUAAAUCAUUUAACAUCAACACGAAAACGGAUCUUUAAAACAACAAAGCUGCCUUUUUAUUUCUCAAAGUGCAAGUUAAACACAACAGUUGUUGUGUUAUUGUGUGACAUGGUACGAAUUUAACCUACUUUCGUUUCACAUGGAGGACUGACAAAAAGAUUUUAUGCAGAAUAACAAUGGUUCCUGGAGAUGAUAGCUAAGAAUGGCUACACUAUUACUGGUAUCCUGUUUACUGGGUUCAGUAUUCACAUUAUGUACAGCAAAUUCCAUUUCACAACUCUCAACUGUACAGAAGUCUGUUCCAAAGAUCUCAUUUUAUCCAUGUGUAGUACCGACUGUUAGCAAACUCCAAUUUUGUUGUGUAACGGAGAAUAUCCAUACAGCCACUGUCCACUUUUACCGUGAGAGUGAUGACAUUGCCACUAUACACUAUCCAUGUGAUGUAGUCAACCAGUACUCUGAUUUCAAUGUGUCAUGUAAGUCUGUUGGCACAACAACAGUGAUGUAUUUGGAUGUCCUCAGAUUUAAUCAACAGACAGACCCUACAUUAUUUGGCUGUCGGUAUUAUGGGAAGUCGGCAGGAUACAAUCUGUUCUCAUCUCACAUUUUAACAGAAAAUAAAGGUUACCAGUUCACUAAUAUUACCCAGAAUUCUACCUUAACAUGGAACAAUACCAACAACGAUUUUACGAUUGUCAAUCCAGAAGGGGAGAUAAUCAUACAAAAACAAAAUUCAGUGAUUACUGUUAUUGGAAAUAAAUCAAAAAUAAGUUACUCUAAGAAUGUGGGAAACUUCUCAUUAAAUUUAUAUAAUACUAAAAAAGAAGACAAUGGUACUUACGUUUAUGUUACCAAUAUCAACAGCAAUAGAAGUGGGAUAACUCUAGUUGUUCUAGAUAAACUUGAUUUACCAAUUAUACAAAAUAUUACCACAAGUCUCUCAUCAGGGAAAAUAUGGGCCAACAUGAGCUGUACAGCUGAGCAGAAAUCAGGUGCACCUUUAUUCUACAGACCAACUUUUGAAGUGUUAUGGAAAUAUCCCCUCGAUGCCAGCUACAGUGUUAUUCAGAAUGGAUCAAAUUUAAUCCUGGAGGAAGUUGACUGCAGCUCAGACAAUUCACAGCCAUUAUUCUGCUCUGUCAGGGAAUUAAAGGGAAGCUACUCUGACAGUCAACACUUUUAUCCACACACACUCUGUACAUACAAGCCUGUUACAUUUCCGCCACCGUCAGAAGAUGAGAAAAAUGGUGGACUCAUUGCAGGAGUUGUCAUUCUUUCUCUCAUGUGUGCAGUUUUACUCAUUAUAGCUUACUGUGGAAAAGAUAAAGUAAAGAUAUGUUGCCGUAGUAUAUGUGGAUUGUGUAAACGAAGUCCAUUUUGUAUUUGUAGAAAAUGCACGAAAGAUGACCUUGACUUUGACAUUCAUGAGCCUCGUUUUCAGAUGCCACAUGGUGAUUUUGGGAGACAUGAUGAUCUUGACUGGAGACAGAUCCUUGAUCUUUAUUCUGGUGAUCAUCCACCGACAGUACCUCCACCGAGACCAAUGUUAUCCACCCCAAGACCAGACCAAUAUCUCCCACCACCACCACCAAGGCCAGAGGCUCUACAAGGGACGUCAUCAUCUGAUAAUACAGUAACAUUUGAAAAUGAUGAAAGUGGUAUAGAUAACCCUGAUUUCCAGGAUGAUGAAGAAACAGUAAAUGGUGAUGACAUCACUGUGUCUGAUGUUAGUACAUUAGGGGCAACAGGGGUUGACCAUUCUACACUUGUAAGAGAAGUGGAAACAUGUUUAGCCCAUUUAAAGAAGCUGUUGAAUUCUACUGAGAACCAGGUUCAAGUGAGACGAGACAAUAUCAUUGAAGAUCUCAUCAAUAUUUACACUGAUCCCACAAUCCUUCAGUCAUAUUUACAUAUCAACGUUUUGGGUGAACCUGGGUCCGACUGGGGUGGGGUCAGCAGGGAUAUAUUUACCUCGUUCUGGAAUGAAGCCACUGCGUUGUACUUCAAAGGUAAUGAUGUACAUGUGCCUUAUUUACCUCCACAUAAAAUGGAGGAGGAGAGAAACUUUCUGUUGAUGGGGCGUAUUCUUGCUCACAGUACUGCAAUUCUUGGCUAUAUUCCAAUAUCCAUUUGUAAAAGUUGUAUGAUGGUGACAAUCUUCAAUACAACUCAUAUUGAAUCCAAUACUCUAUUGGAAGACUUUCUACUGUUUGUUGAUCUCAAAGAUAGAAACCUAAUCCAAAGUGCUUUAAAUGACUUCUCUGGUUUAUCUGAAGACCAAAAAGAGGAUCUCCAGAAUUUGUUUUACCAGUUUGAAAUGGGCUGCAUACUUAAAGAAGAAACUUUCCGUGACCAGCUGUUAAAUAUGGCAAGAAAUGAACUGGUUUUAAAACCAAGAUCUCUUUGUGAAAAGUUACGACUAGGAAUUCCAGAAGUGCAUUUUGAUCAAUUUUGGUCUCAAAUGACAAUAGAUCAUAUCAGCAUACUUCAUGCAAGAUUAAAACCAACACCUGAAAAAGUUGUCAAAUGUUUAAAAUUAGCCGAACCUUUAAGGUUACUGGACAUGAGAAGAAGAAAAGUUUUCCAGUAUUUCAAAGAUUUCAUUGAACAGCUUGGAGACGAAGAUUUACAAAAAUUUCUACAAUUUAUCACUGGACAAAAUUGUGUGCCUAAACGUACAAUCUCCGUCCAAUUUUCUAAUCUAAGUGGUGCUGAAAGGAGACCAGUAGCGCAUACAUGUGGCUACCUAAUUGAAAUUCCUGAAGCUUAUGAAAAUUAUACAGAUUUUGAAACAGAAUUUAGGAAUGUGUUACAAUCUGACAUUUUGAGAUUUGAUGUACAGUAAAUUUAAAAUUGUUCUGUUUGAUUUAAUUUAUUUGAGUUGUUUUGUGUUAUCACCAUCACAGCAUAUAAUGCUAUUCCACUGUUUUCUCAUCGUUUCAUAAUGUAUAGUCCGUCCAGAUCAAGACAUCACACAUGUCACAAGAGUUUAUGAUAAUCACCAUUAUUACUUUUGAUUGAGAGAAAAUUUCUUUUCUACCUCAAUAUAUUUUUAGAAACCCUAACUUAAGUCAGGUGCAGUUAAUUUUUAUGAUGUUUAAUGCUCAAAUAAAUACAAGCAAUUCAAAAUUUAAAGAUGUUUUUUUUUUUUAUCAAAAAGUUGAUUUUAUAUUGAUAGUCAAAUUGCUAGUUAAGUCUAGUGAUAUGGAUGUUUCAUUUUAAUUUCAGCAUGAUAAGAGAAAUUGUCUUGAGAAGAUGUUAUGAUUUUCAUCCAGCUUCCAUUUUCACAAGCUUUGGUAUGAAUAAGCUAUUUGCCCAUUCCCGUAUUUGACCCUGUUAUUAGAGAUCCCUUUUUUAGUUGUCUCCCUUAUGAGGGACAUUAAUUUUUAUUUACAAUGGAGAGCUAGCGGAAAAAAGCAAGUUUACCUGUGCAUAAUAGUGUGAGGAUUCUUUAAGGUUUUCAAAUCUUUUAUUUACAAACGAUUUUACAUCAGAAAUUAUGUUUCAUAAUAAAUAAUUAAACGGCCGAUACAUCACUUUCAAUUCAUCAUGCUUUGCAUUGGCAAAAGCCAAUUUUGUCUGGUAUGGAAGGAGUCUAUGAUUGACAAAGGGAAGUAAUUUGGUUAAAAAGUGUGUAAUAACAGAAUCAAAUUGGUAAUUGGCAAAUGGACUAUUGCAGGUGUAAUUUUGACACCCUGUUUGAGAUAUGCAUCAAAAGAAAUUUGUUCUCUUUAAGUCUCAUGAAUAUUAAUAAAUCCAAUAUAAAAAAGAAUGAUUUUUUUUCUAUUCCUGAAAUGGCAAAAAUGGCAAUGAAUUGUAGGAUUAUGUUACACAAAAGUGUGUGUUUUGUAAUUUUCUUGUUUAUGUACUAAUUUAACAUACAACCAUUAGUGACGUCAUUGUUUUGGUGGUGUCACACCUGUAUGUGCUUCAAUUACAUGGUGUUAAAAGUUAUGUUUUUAUGCAUGCUUUGAUAAACACAUUGUCUGUCUUGACCUUUACAUAUUUACACUCAUCCUUUUCUUUAUUAUAUCAGUUAAAAAAAUGUUUGUUCCGCCUAUUAUGAUCUUUGUAUUCACAUCCUUUGAAAAGUUCAAACCCUUUAUCAAUCAAUUUAAAUGAAAAUUGUGAUUGACAUUUUCUGACCAGAGAUGUCAUCAAGAAUAUAUAACUUUAUCUAUCUGAAAAAGCGAGAAAUAUUUUUAGACAAUCCUAAAUUAUUUGUACAUCUUUGUUAGUGUAUCUGUGAUAAUAUUUCUGUUUUUUGUUUUUAAAUACUUCCAUAUGAUUUUUACUACUGACAAUUUUUAAUUGGAUAGAAGAUGCAUAUUCUGAUUAUAAAAAAAUUAAUCAGUUAUUUUGGAUCAAUGGUUAGAUUAUCUCCCCUUUCUUUGCUUGAUCUGAAACUAUGGCUAAAACCAGUAUUUUUUUGGGGCCCAUUAUAUAAUGCUGUUCAUUGUGAGCCAGGCCUCCGUGUUGAAGGCCUUACUUUGACCUAUACUGAUUUACUUUUACACAUUGUGACUUGGAUGGAGAAUAGUCUCGUUGACACUCUUAACAUAUCUUCUUAUAUCUACUUGCAUUUUGUAGAGAAGAUAGAAGUUAAAAUAACUAUCCAUAGAAUAAACACAAGUAAUGGAAUAUAUUUUAUUUUGAUUUAUUAUUAUCACCUUGGGUUGUCUAAAAGAUUCCCACAAAAUUUUUAUAUAAAAAUGCAUUUGAAAUGGCUUGUAUGGCAAUUGAGAUCAUUUUGAAAUUAAAGUACAUGUACUACAUAAAUAUUUAAUCAUGUUGUUUAUUAAAAUUGUGAUAAGUUAGUGAUUUUUAAUUUAAUUUUAAUCCAAUUGUUGAAUAUAACAUUGUGACAAAUAAUGUUAAGGUUUUAUAUAUAGAUUUAUCUGUAAUGUUAUGUGAAGUUUAUUUGUAGAUACAAUGUGUUAAUAGAGAUUUAUUACAUUUGAAAUGUUUAGUUUUUUAUAGAAAAUUUUAUCAAGAUGUUGUGUACUAGUCAUAAAUUGGAUUUACUUUUGAACUCUUUUCUAGACUCACUGUGAAUGGACAUGUCAAGUCCCAAUACAAAGAUUUGUCUCAGUAUUACGUUUAAAACUAAAUUCAAAGUAAUUUUGUCUGAUAUUGAUGAAAUCUUAACCUAUAAUUGAAAACUGUCUGUAGUUUCUAAUUUUUUUUCUAAAUGAUGUCAAGUGUUUGAGGUAUUUAGAAAUUUAUGUGUGUAACAGUAAAUGAUCUAUUAAUGAUGUCAAAACAAAAAUCAGUAGAUCCAAACAAAUCCAUCAAAAUCAUAUUUGAAGAAUGAGAAAUUUAUAUGAAAUAUAGAAAUUGGGGACGUUUUGCCUUGCUUUACUGUGUUUUAUUUAAAUAAUGAAAAAGACCAAAUUAUAUGUUUGUUGUGUCUAUUUGAAAACAGAUUUUUAGAUACAUUGUGUGAUAUAUGUCAUUUAGUUGAUUUUUACUAUAACACUUGUUUCAAAUUCAGAAAUCAGACAUUUGAUAUUAUCAGUAGUGAUGGUAUCUUAAAUUUUUAUUUAACUAUAGCAAUUUAUGACUUGUUCUAUCUAAAUAGUUGUGGUUGUGUUAACAAGUUGUUCUAGACCAAUAUGGUAGACAAUGUUUUUGAUUUUAUUAAUAUGAAUUUUGAAUUAUUAUUUUUUGGUUGUGACUUCAUUGAAAUUACAUUCCUUAAACAAUAGUUUCUCUUCUGAAAGAAAAGUAACACAGCGUUUAUAGACCUCUUUGCAUUUGUAGAUUUAAACAAAAAUAGAAUGUUUUAGUGCAAUACUAUUCUGUCUCAUCAUUUAGUUAUAGGAGAUCAAGAAAUUAUUUAGUUCUUAUAUUAAUUUACAUCUAUAUCAAAUCAUUCCUCAUUCUAUGUUAUAAUCAGUGGUUUAAGUUUUGCUGUUAAAGAAAUUUGUUCCUGAAUUUUCACACAGAUUUGUGUUGUUUUGCUUUUAGUUGUGUGUGUCUGUGUGUAAUUAUAAUCAAAUGUUGAGUGAUUAAUAUGGUAUGAGGGGUCCACUUUGUUUUACCCAGACAUUAAACACUUGAAUGAGAUGUUAUGAAGUCAUUAUUUUUUGUGUCAUUCUCCAUAUGCUUUCAUUAUUGUAUCCUGUUUUACCAUUGUUUGUUUCAGUAAACAUUUUUUAAAGCAACAUGUGCAAUCGCCUAUAGUUAUUAUCUUCUUCUUCAUUUGGUCUCUAAAGGAGAGGUGUCUCAUUGGAAACUUUACCAUAUCUUAUUAUUAUAUUACAUAUAACUUGACUUAAUGACAUUUUCCCACAUUGUUGUUCCAGAGUUACAAAAAAUGAUAAAUCAGUAUCUUUCUUUUCAUCUUUAUUAAACAAAAGUUAGCAUCUAUGAAAUUUUGUAACAUAUUCACUUAAAUAACUAAUGAAAAUGCAAUUUCCCUUUUUAAAUUUUUGUUUUGUUUCAUAACAAAAGAAAGGCACAUAAGUGCUCAUAGUGCACUUUCUUUAUCACCAACUAGUUUUAUCAUUCACAACAGUGUGUGAUUUUUAGUUAUAAUUUUUACAAUUCAUCACUACAUAUUAUGCCUUGUAUUUUAUGUGUUCACUCAAAUGGUACUAUAAUAAUAAAAUAUCCCAGCAACACCAGCUAAGGAUUCACAGGUCUGUUAUGUCCACUUGAUUCUUUAAAUGAAUGAAAUUGUUUACACAUAAAGACACUAUUCCUUACUAAGAGACAAAAGUGUCUGAACUUCUAAUUUGUUUUUCCAUAAAAAUGAGCAAAAGUUUUGCUUGGACAAGACAAAUAAGUAAGUAGUUAUUAUGUUUAAAAAUAGAUGAAUAAUAUUUAUUUCACAAUAAGUUUGAAUUAUUGAAUGAAUAAUAGAAGUGAUAUAUGCAUCAUUGAGACAAAUACCCAACAAUAGAAUAAAGACAGAUACCACAACUAGAAGUAUCUGUGAUGAGUGUAUUUAUCAAUAACAAGAUUCAUCAACAACAAAGAGAUUAUGUCAUUUAUCAAAUUCUAAAUAAAAGACAGCUAUUGACCUUUAAGUGUUUUAAAAAUCAUUGUGAACUUCAAAUAUAGAAACAGAAUCCAAGAAAUAGCUGCCUUUGAUAACCUAGCAUGAUUAAGUAAAAA